GGAUAAAAAUGUUUAAACAAAAGUCAUAGUAAUAUGCGGAAAAAAAAUUAACAAAAAAAUGCUACCACAAUUUAGUCGGAUUUGUUUGAAUAAAUUGUUUUCGAAUUCAUAUAACAGACAUAUUUUGAUUGGAACGGUAAAAGCGAGUACUUGUCCGACGAAAAUCUACAAUCACUUUUCAAACAAUGGUCAAUUAUCCAAUUUGGAUUUGUUUCCAAGUGAUUUGAAACGAAUUACAUCGAAAAAAGACAUAGAUCUGUAUGUAGCCGAUGAUGAUGCGGCAAAUGUGAUUGCAAAAGCUAUUGCUCGGUUUCGUAUGCCGAAUGUGCCAUUUUUUGAAGUCAAUCCAGGACCAUGUAUUCUUGCAAAGGCUCUACUGCGUCACCUAGAGCCAAAGAAACUCGGUUUAAUCGAGAAAAACAAAGAAUUCAUUCACAUUCAACAGGAAGUGUCACAAUUGCAUAAAUCCCGAAUAUUGGUGAAUGCCCUGGAACACCAUUGGUAUCUUUACAUUAGAAUGGCUAAUUUAAUUCAGGAGCACAGUGAAAAACAACAAUGGCACAAAGAUGUUGUCUGUCAACUCUUUGUGUAUUUAAAAUCGAGUGAUUUUUUUCGAAUUAUCAGCGAUGUAGUUAUUCAACGAAGACUGUUUGCCAAUGGGCGAAUCGAUAUUUUUGCCAUAGUUCCAUUGUUGGAAUUCAUGAGAAUUACAGCUAAUCCGGAUUCAAAAUACUGGUUGUACACACAGAAAAGUUGCCUUUUUCAAAUUUUCUUCGAAUACGAGCUACUGGCUGAAUUCCAAAAAGAAAGCUUCUUACCUUGGUUUAACCCAAAACCUGCAUAUGGUGGCAAGAUUGAAUAUGAUACGGAUUUAUUCUAUUUGGUUCGAAUGACGCCGAGAAGGGAUUUGUUUUCGAUAUGUAGCCCAGGCGAUUUGCCUCUGCUUCGAUUUUUCGUAAAUCAAUGCCUUUUCAAACGAAAAGGAUAUGUUAUCCCGAAAUUGGAGCAAUGGAUCCCAGGAAUCGGAGUUGAUUUAAUCACAUCGAAAUUCAAGCAAUCGUCGCAUUGCAAGCCAAAUAGCACAAAUUUCAUGCAGCAUCUGAAGAGCCACACAUUUCAUGCAUUCACCGAAUGCGGUUCCUUAACGCCACUACAAAUGUGUGCACUGUUCCAAUUUGUUCAAAAAUCACCACAAUAUCCCACAUCAUGCUUCCAUCAACAAUGUAAAGAUUUUUAUUUAAAAUCUAAAAUCGCUGCACUGUACACAACCACCGAAGAUCAUGGCAACAGUGACGAUGAAACUGGAUAAAACAACAGAUGCACAGAUUAAUACUCUUCUUAUCCGAUUUUCUUGGAUUUAUUUUGAAAAUAUGUAUUAUUAUUUGUAUAAAAAAAGGGUAAUAGUUAAAAUUAAAAUCUGGUGAGAUUUAAAUCACUCAAAUAACUUUCCAAA